GCACUUGCGUGGACGCCUAAGGGGCGGGUCUUUCGGCCGGGAAGCCCCGUUGGUCCGCGCGGCUCUUCCUUUCCGAUCCGCCAUCCGUGGUGGAACCGCCGCCAAGAUGCAGAUUUUCGUGAAGACCCUUACGGGGAAAACGAUCACGCUCGAGGUUGAACCCUCGGACACUAUAGAAAAUGUAAAGGCCAAGAUCCAGGAUAAGGAAGGAAUUCCUCCUGACCAGCAGAGGCUGAUCUUUGCUGGUAAGCAACUGGAAGAUGGCCGUACUUUGUCUGACUACAACAUCCAAAAGGAGUCCACCCUUCAUCUUGUGUUGAGACUUCGUGGUGGUGCUAAGAAGAGGAAGAAGAAGUCCUACACCACUCCCAAGAAGAAUAAGCAUAAGAGAAAGAAGGUUAAGUUGGCUGUGCUGAAGUACUAUAAGGUGGAUGAAAAUGGCAAAAUUAGUCGCCUUCGUCGAGAGUGUCCAUCUGAUGAGUGUGGUGCUGGAGUUUUCAUGGCUAGCCAUUUUGACAGACAUUACUGUGGGAAGUGUUGUCUGCCUUACUGCUUCCAAAACCCAGAAGACAAGUAGUUGUGUAUGAAUAAAUAAAAAGACAGGAACUGAU